UCACGCGCCAUCUUCUUGCUAACAACCAGCUAGAACAAAAUAUUGUGUAAACCACUGCAGAUUAUUUCUGUCAAAAUACGCGGUCGUGUUAGCUUUACUGAACAAUGAGCGACAUUGAGGAUGGAAACUGCGAAGCACGGGGGUCACGGUCCCCAUCUAAAUCGGAUCGUGGGAGUCCAGCUCGGGUCAAGUCGGAGAGCAGGUCUGGCUCCCCGAGCCCAUCCCGGGCCUCCAAACGCUCUGAGUCCAGAUCCCGUUCUCGGUCAAAAUCUAGGUCUCGAUCUAGGCGGCACUCAAACCGCCGUUAUAGCCGUUCACGCUCUCGGUCCUAUUCCCAUCGGAGGAAGUCACGCUCUCGUUCCUACAGCCCCGAAUACCGCCGCAGGAGGAGCCAGAGUACUUCUCCCAUGUCAAACCGGCGCCGCCACACUGGCAGCAGGAGCCAUGACUUCACAAAAGAAGCAUACAGUCAUGGUGGUGAUGCUGAUGUUAGGGCGAACCCUGAUCCCAGCACAUGUUUGGGAGUGUUUGGAUUGAGCCUGUACACCACAGAGCGUGACCUGAGGGAGGUGUUUUCGCGCUAUGGUCCUUUGGCUGGAGUCAAUGUGGUGUACGACCAGCGCACGGGUCGCUCCCGUGGCUUUGCCUUUGUUUACUUCGAGAGACUCGAGGAUUCCAAAGAGGCGAUGGAGCGAGCCAACGGCAUGGAGCUGGACGGGAGGCGGAUCAGAGUAGAUUAUUCCAUUACCAAACGUCCCCAUACCCCUACACCAGGGAUCUACAUGGGCCGACCAACUCACAACGGCGGCGGGGGUGGCGGCAGCGGCAGCAGUGGCGGCGGCGGCGGCAGCAGCAGCAGGAGAGGGAGAGACUCGUACUAUGACCGUGGCUACGACCGCUAUGACAGAUAUGACGAGUAUGACUAUAGGUAUAGUCGCAGGCGCUCUCCAUCACCCUACUACAGUCGAUACAGGUCUCGCUCACGGUCUCGCUCCUACAGCCCACGACGAUACUAAGUUGCUUCUUUCAAUGUUCAGCUUCCCUCCAAUAAUUGAUGGUGUGUGACGCAUCAGGGUGUUUUUCUGAGGGGAACAUUUUUGAACUAGCAUGUCCAUAUCAACAGAACUCCUUAAGUUUGAGAUAGUUCUUGUUUACAUGCAAUAGAUGUCUUAAUUUUUAGACGUUCUUCAUGCAUCCAUGUUGAGUGUGAGCACAGAACUUAGCGACUGUUGGUUUCUAUUGCUUCAUUCAUAGACUACAUCCUUCCUUCCUUCUUUAUUUUUCUGCAGCAGCAAUACAUUUUUUCCUGUCAAGUGUGAUUUUUUUUUUUUUUUUAAACUGGUCACUGUUAACUUUGUCCUAAUCGUGAUGGGGAAAAAGCUGGGUUUUAGUAAGUAAUGGUGACACUUAGUUUUACAACUUGUUAACAACAACAAGUAAAUAUAAGAAUAAAGUCUGUGCAGUAAAGAUAACAAAUUUGAUUAUUCUCAGUGUUACCUAGCACUAAGUGAGUUUACUGGUAAGUAACAGGUGAAAUGGUGCUGUAAAAUAAAGUGUUACCAUGCCAUCAGUGGUUGGUUCUCUGCUCACAUUCAAUUUUUUUUUUUUUUUAGUCGAGGAACUCUUCAUUUCAGUUUCUCCAGAGAGUUUCAUGUAUUGCAUUUUUUUAUUGUUGUUUCUUUGUAUGGAAAUAUAACUAUAUGAAAACUCCAAA